AUGGCAAGAAUCACUGCGGCGCUCGCAUUUUCAUUUGCGAUUUGCCUUUCUGCAGCCCAAACCACUCCGGCUCCAAGUAACUACCGAAGGUACACCCUUGACGAUAUUAUUCCCACUACCGACCCAGCUUCUGGCCACGUCAAAUGUUGCCCACAAGGAACGGAGUUUGAUGGUCAGGCUUGUGUUCUCAGUACCCCGAUUUGUCCCAAUGGUAGUACCCAGGAUGGCGAGACUUGCGUCUUCAAGACAAAGCCAUUCUGUGAUGCCGAAUACGAGUUCAAGGAUGGAUUCUGCGUCACCGUCAAGCCUCCUGCUUGUAGUGGUAACACGAUUCUUAAGUACAACCACUGUGUAGUCGAAGGUUCAGCAGAAUGUGGUCCUGGUUAUCUACUGCAGGGAAACGUCUGCGUGUCCCUGAAGCCGCCCGUGUGUCCCGAUGGCGAGCACUUCACUGGCACCAGCUGUGCCUCUAUCCAAGGUCCCAAAUGCCAGGAUGGAGCCCGACUCGAGGGGGGCGUUUGCGUCGACAGUCAGCCUCCAAGCUGCCCCAAGGGGACCUCUCUCGAUGUCGCAUCCUCCCGUUGCAUAUCCGAGUCGGUGCCGGGUUGUCCUGAGAACACCGUCGUCCAGAAUGGGCAGUGUGUCUCCAAUAACAAGCCCUUCUGUGGUGAUGGGGCCGUCUUCAAUUCCAAGAUCCAACUUUGCACUAUCAACCAGCCCCCACAGUGCCCUGCUGGAACAGAGUUGGAUGACAAAAAGUGCGUUUACACUGGCCAGCUGGCUUGCCAGCCUGGUACGACUGCUUCCAUCGACAAGGCUCACGGUACUGCUCGCUGUUGUCCCCUUGGCAUGACCUGGGAUGGGAGCGUGUGCUCUACUAAGCCGGUCCAGGGCAAAUGCCCCGAUGGGAGCGAACCGAUCAACGAACGCUGUGAGAAACACUCUAACCCUCCGCCAGAGUGCCCGCAGGGAUACAAGCUUGACAGUUCUCGUUGUGUCUGGCAAGAGCCACCGUCAUGCCCUCAAGGCUCUCGUUUCGAUGGUGGUCACUGCAUUAUUACUUCGAAGCCACAGUGCCCUCAAGGGUUGGUAUUGCUUGGUUCCGACUGUAUCAUCCAACAACCUCCAUCUUGCCCUGAUCAAACCAAGCUCGAAGGCAACAAGUGUGUUAGCUUUGUCUCGCCAUCCUGCGACCAGUCCGCAAAGUGGGACGGUAAGCGCUGCGUUGUCAGCGGUCAUGCAUCCUGUGAGAAUGGCAUCCACAAGGGUGAUGAUUGUAUUACUGGAACGCCGCCCUCCUGUCCUGACGGUUCCACCUUUGAUGGUGCGCGAUGCGUGUCAAACUCCACCCCCCAAUGCCGUCAAGGUACUAUCCUCGGUGAGGAUGGAUCAUGCCUGACUCCAACACCCCCUCAAUGUCCCCCCAACACCCACCUCCAGAAUGGCUACUGUGUCUACGGUCUGCCUGUCUGCGCUAUAGGGCAGAAAUAUACCAACGGACGUUGUGAGAGCGUCGAGUCCCCACAGUGCGCGCAGAACUUUGUUUGGAAGAGUGGCCGGUGCAUCCGUAUUGACGAGGUACACUGUGAGCCCGGAUUCACCCUCAAGGACGGUCAAUGUGUUUCCGUUGCAGUCCCUGACUGCGGUGAUCUUGUUUUCAAUGGAAAGGCGUGUGUUCAUGGCAAACCAAUCUGUCCAGAAGGUACCUAUCUGGAUGGAGAACGCUGCUCUUCGGUCCAUGAGCCACAAUGCCCUCAAGGAUUCAAGUUCGAUGGAAAGAAGUGCUCCGCCUACCAGACUCCUCAGUGUCCCCCCGGAUCUGUCUUCGACAAGGCCACCCAGGAUUGUAUCUCUACCAAGACGCCCGAGUGUCCCUCAAACCAGAGAUUCAAUGGCAAGCAUUGUGCCAUCAUUACUGGAGAGUGCAUGGAGUUCGAGUACUGUCCCACUGAAUCAUACGGAAAGGGAUGCCGACGUACUCCGCUGGGAGUUGUGUGCGAUGGAUCUCAAUCCCAGGAACGGCAGGAUCCAGUUCUCCAAGGAAAUCCGGGCAAUCUUCAAGGUCAGGGCAACAUUCCUGGAGGGAACCAGCAGCCAAUUAUUGAUUCCAACCCAGGCCCAUGGCAAGAGCGCCCACAGUAUGGUACUGGAAACCAGGGUGGACAAGGCUGGACUCAGCAGCCUGCCACCGGGCCGACAUAUGGUGGCAAUUGGAAUGAGCGGCCUGGUCAAGGCAGUCAGGGCAGUCAAGGUUGGGCCCAACAGCCGAACAUGGUGCCCAACUAUGGUGGUAACUGGAACGAACGACCGGGGACCGGGGCUUCUCAGCCAAACUAUGGCGGUAACAGGAAUGAGCAGCCGGCGCCGCGCUAA